ACCAGAUGUCCCUCAGUGUCCCGGCACCAGCCGUAGAGUGGAGGAGUGAGGAGUGUUGUAGGAACAGCCGAAACCAUGUCCAGAGUAGCAAGACGAUUCUACCGUGUUGACAGUCUUCAUGCCCUGGAUAAUCUAGACAAGGGAGAGUCAGCAUCCGUGGAGAACAGAUGGGUGUUUGAGAUCAGUCACGAAGCAGCGAAUAAAGUUGGUGGUAUUUAUCAAGUUAUUAGAAGUAAAUGUGGCGCCUCGGUAGAAGAGCUUGGUGAACAGUAUGUUCUCCUUGGACCCUAUAAGGAAGCCAGUGUCAGGACAGAGGUCGAGUUGGCCGAAUUUUCUGCAGACUCCCCACUGACUGUCACCAUUAACCGUCUACGAACUGAAGGAUGGCGAAUACACCCAGGUCGAUGGCUGGUGGACGGCAACCCUCAAAUCAUCCUCUUUGACAUCGGCUCAGCCUCUGUGUCGCUCAAUGACUAUAAGCAGGAGUUUUAUGAAAAUUCAAAAAUUGGUAUUCCACAGCACGACAUAGAAUGCAACGAUGCAGUGCUUUUUGGCUUUAUGGUUGCAAAAUUUAUUGAAGAGUUUCGUAGUGAAGUGGUCAAUUUCAGUGAUGCUAAGCCUCGGGUGUGUGCCCACUUCCACGAGUGGCUGGCAGGUGUGGGUUUGGUAAUGUUGCGGAUGAGGAACAUUGAUGUGGCCACCAUCUUCACCACCCAUGCGACUCUCCUCGGCAGAUUUCUCUGUGCUGGAGCCGUUGACUUCUACAAUAACCUGGACAAGUUUGAUAUAGAUGGGGAGGCAGGGAAGAGAGGCAUCUACCACAGGUACUGCAUGGAGAGGUGUUGUGCCCACCUAGCCCACACCUUCACCACAGUCUCUGAAAUCACUGGAGUCGAAGCUGAGCAUCUGCUCAAACGCAAGCCAGACAUUAUCACACCCAAUGGACUAAAUGUGAAGAAAUUUGCUGCCCUCCACGAGUUCCAGAACCUUCAUGCGUUAUCCAAAGAGAGAAUUAAUGAUUUUAUUAGAGGUCAUUUUUAUGGGUUCAUGGACUUUGACCUCGACAAGACUCUCUAUUUCUUCAUUGCUGGACGUUACGAGUUUGGCAACAAGGGAGCUGAUCUCUAUAUCGAGGCUCUGGCUAGGUUAAACCACUACAUGAAGGCCAGUGGAACAGAUAAGACUGUGAUAGCAUUUAUCAUUUUCCCAGCCAAGACCAACAACUUUAACAUAGAGUCAUUAAGAGGCCAAGCCAUCACUAAGGCCUUACGCGACACUAUACACGACAUUCAGGCCAAGAUUGGGAAGCGCAUGUAUGAAGUUUGUCUUACAGGCCGUCUACCUGAGGCUAGCGAGUUACUGCUUAAGGAGGAAACGGUGAGACUCAAGAGGUGUAUCUAUGCUGCACAGAGAGAAACCCUCCCUCCCAUCACUACUCACAAUGUAUGCGACGACCAUACAGACCCGGUGCUUAAUGCCCUUCGUAGGUGUCACCUCUUUAACGACACCCACGAUAGAGUCAAGGUUAUCUUCCAUCCCGAGUUCCUCUCCGUGUCAAAUCCUCUCUUCGGUAUGGACUACGAAGAAUUUGUCCGUGGGUGUCACUUGGGUGUCUUCCCUUCCUACUAUGAACCUUGGGGCUACACUCCUGCUGAAUGUACUGUUAUGGGCAUUCCUUCAGUCACUACCAACUUAUCAGGAUUUGGUUGUUUCAUGGCAGAACAUAUAGCAGACCCAAUGAGUUAUGGCAUCUACAUUAUUGAUCGUCGCUACAUUGGCUUAGAGGAGUCAGUACGACAAUUAGCCCAAAACUUGUUCGAAUUUGUGCAGCUAAAUCGUCGACAACGAAUCAUCCAGAGGAAUCGUACCGAGCGCUUAUCUGAACUAUUGGACUGGAGGAUACUUGGCUCGUAUUAUCGACAAGCUCGCCAGCAUGCCCUCCGUCUGGUGUAUCCUGAGUUAGCAGUGGAAGAGGCGGCUGGUGCCGGUCGACUCAACUACCCACGACCUCUUUCUGAACCUCCGUCACCCACUUCCUCAAGAGCCACUACGCCUGCCCCCUCUGAGCACGGUUCUGAUGAUGAAGACAGUAUUGACAGUGAAGCAGAGUUGGAGGAGCUCGGUGUAGGAGGAGGAAGCGUUAACGGCAGCACAACCAGCAGCAGGUGAAUGUGGCCGGCAGGUGAGCUGGGCAAGAGGACAGUCUUGCACAUAGUAAUUCAGUCACACAUACUUGCAGCUAGAGGAAUGCUAUUAUGAGUUCGACUACAAGUAUGUUCAGUCAGAAUAAUUUUUAGUAAUGUUAUCUUCCAUAGUUCUCUUUAAGUGUUACUGUGCCUCUCCUUCAUGUUGAGAGAAUCUUUGGUUGUGUGUGUUGUGAGCCUCUUGAUAGGUACUGUAGUGGGUUUUAAGCAUCACCUCUAUGGUAAUUAAAACUGUGUACAUAUAUACAAAUUCUUAUACAGUAAAAAAAACUCAAAUUCCAAAAACUUGUCCACAUCAACACAUCAAAUAUAAAGUAUCAAAAUUAUUCACUUCACCAGAAAGUGAUUUUAUGUAUUACAAUUAGCUUUAGUUUAAAAUAAAAUGUAAAUAACCUGCAUUUUGAAAAUAAUAAGAUUUUUUUAACAUUGAAAGGGAAAUUUUUGCACAAUUUAUACGGUUCAGUACAUACCUCUUGUGUCUUGGCUAAUCAAGUGAUUAUUAUUUGUGGCUGGCACAGUCCUGUACAACAACAGCUCGUUACAAAUGGUUUCAUAUAUGGUUGUCAUGUACUAAUAACUUUUACUGAAAGUUUUUAAUAUCAUUUAUUUAUUUUAUAAUUUUUUGUUUAUUAUUAAUUUUUGUUUUAGUGAAAAUCUGCCCAUCUAUUGAUCUAACUAGACAGUUUAGUAAAUCCACAAUUUCAGGUAAACCUCAACAUAGAAAUAGUAUUUGUGAUAAUAUAUUUCUGUGCUUCAACAACUAAGAUCUUAAGCACUUGCACAAAGUUAGCAUACACAGUACAGUACACUACAUUACAGCUACACAAUACCUUUUUAAAGCUUCUUAGAGACAGAUCUUUCUUCAAAGCUAAUCAUUGCAAAGGUGAAAGGGUAAAUUUGUUAAAUGUAUCAAGUCCUUUGUGUUACCAUUACCUAAGCAGAUGUGGCUGUGUAGAGUGUCUCCUGGUCUGCAUGUUUGACUGUCUUUAUCAUACAGUCAGUGUCAACUUAACGUACACAAUGCGUUUCUGAACACCAGAAGGUUAAGUGGGUGAAUGUGAAGUGGAUUUAUGUUAGGUGGAUCAAUGUUAAGUGGGUGUACGUUAUGCCGACUCUGACUGUAUAUGUUGGCAUGCUGAAGAAAUUAAUUUAUACUGUUUUCAUUCAAUUUAUUUUUGAAUCACCAGAAUAUACACAAUACACUAACACUAUGAGAGCUAUUGCAGUACUGUACUGUAUAAGGUGAAGUGUAGUUGUUGUGCCACUAGUUGUAGUUCCUUAUGCUACAUUAGGAAACAUUUAUGCUUUUACAUCAAUGCCUUUGACUUCUGCUUGAUAUUGUUUCUUCUCGGAUGUUGAUGCUGGGCUGAAAAAAUGUCACUUGGGAGUUGGUCUGCUGAAAAUUUAGUUGUGAUAUUGUAGGAUUGUCAUUUAUAUGUCUGUCCUUACAAACUGAGAAUGUAUUACAAGGAAGUGAACUUCUGGGAUCAUAUCAGUUAGUUUUUACUCAUAAGUUAGAAAUUGUUUUCAGUGUAAGAUGCAGCGAUGUGUCGAUGGUGGGUAAUUCUUGACUUUGUGUACAGCUAUCUUAUGUUAGUUCCUGCAUGACUGAGGAAGUUCACACCAGGAUGCCAGACUUAAGAAGAUUCUCAGAUAUUAAUGAUAAUAUGAGGCCAGUGUGAUGUUGAUAACUGUUAGAUGUCCAUAUUUUUGUUUCAAUCCUUAACCCUUAAACAGCAGCCAUCAUCAGCUGAAGUUUGUUGUGUGGAUGGCAGCCAUCAUUAGCUAAAGUUAUUUGUAGGGACAGCAUCCAUUGUCAGCAGAAGUUAGCUGUAGGGACAGUGGCCAUCUUUAGCAGAAAUUAGCUGAAAGGACGGCAGCCAUCACCAACAGAAGUUAGCUGUAGGGAUGACAGCUAUCAUCAGCAGAAGUUAGCUGUAGGAAAGGUGGCCAUCUUUAGCAGAAAUUAGCCAUCAUCAACAGGUUAGCUGUAGGGACGGCAGCCAUAAUCAGUGGAAGUUUCAUAUUCUUUGUGAUCCAUUUUUGCACAUAUGGGGGCAGGGAUGUAGGGUUCCCAGUUACAGCUUAAACAAUUGAAUCCUUUGACGUAAAUUUUGGCUCAUAUAAUUGUGGCUUUUAAACAGCAAACCAGUGAGCAUGGUUUAAAUCAUGAAGUUGAAACCAUGACUAAACUUUGCAGAAAAUUUAUAUAGUUCAUCAUGAAUGUGUAUGAGUAUGGUGGUUUAUUUUAGACAUCUAGCUCUCUUGCUAAGCAUUAGAUCUUAAUAUCACACAUACAGUGCAAACCAACUGUUAAUUAAUUAUGCUCUACUUUGAUUAAAGAUUUAUUAUGAAGCAAUGUCGAGUGUUGUGUAAUAUUUCUGCCAAGGGUUGGGUGACAUGUGACCUGACCAGGGUACAGCUUGAGUUGACUACUGUGGGCCAAGUCAUGAUUGUAUGGAUUUUUUUAAAUUUGCAUUUACCUGUACUUUGACCCCUCCCAUUGUGGCAAAAUUUUGAAGUUCCAUCGUAAUGAUUUUGAUGUGUCCAUCUGUCCGUCUGCCUCUCUCUGUUACCCAUCAAUUUUGUGCAGAUUUCUCACCCCCCGCAACUCGGCUUCCUUAAAAAUAUUUAAGUAUCGUGAAUGUAACUACAGUACGUAUAGUCUUGUUCUAACUUGAACCUCUCCAUAUCUGAUUUAUCACUUGUAUGAAAUGUGGUUCCUGUGUGGUAUGAGGAGAUAUUUGUGUGUGUGAGCGCACGUGUGCAUGCAUGUGCGUGCAUGCGUGCAUAAAAUGAAAUCUCUCGUUUGCUUUGAAAUGAAACUUGUUUUGCUUCAAAUUGAUAAAAAACAUAGGACUGAAUUUGACUCAUUACUGUCUACAGAAUAAAUUGCUACAGCAUUCAAGAUUAGACCUGUAGAUCCAGGUAAUUGUUAAUGAAAAGUUUGAAGCUAGUCCAUUGGAGAAAGACUUGUUGAUCGUGGUACCAGUACAGGACAGUUUAAUUUAGUUUUGUCGCCUGACUUAUGAAUUUACAGUACACUCUGACUGACUCUUAACUAUGACUUUUGCAUAUUGACUAUAGAGUACUGCAUGUGAGUACUGUAUUAAAUGAUUAUUAUCUUGAAUUAUCUUUUUAUCAAGUGUUGUGUAUGAAGUGUUUAACUUUUUUUUCAUGACUUGUUGCAGUGUAAUUGUUUGGUAAAAGUUGUGUGUUUGCAUGAGUGAUUAACCACUUGUGUACGGGAUUCCUUCUGUGUUGAAUAUAACCAUCUAAGCCAAAUACAAUAUUAAAAGUGGCAUCCCCAAAGUGAAGGGAUUAAAUCAAACUUGUGCCAACUACAGUGUUAAUUUAUUUUGUUCUGUAAUGUGCUCACUGUGUGCUAUGUGCUGUACUAUAUUUGUGUGUAAAUACAUAUAACAUUUUACUUAGUAUGUUGGUUGGUAAUGUUUUGAUGUUAUUCCUUAAACAUAUUUAUAACAUAGAACACUGAAGAAUUAAAAGAACAAGCUGAAUUAUAUUGUAAUGCAGAUUUAUUAUUUUUGUUAUAUUUAUCAAACUUUUGUUUUAGAAUACUCAGUGAUAUUUCAAACUGCUUAAGAUUAUUUUAUUAGGUGUUUUUAUAUGAUACAGUGUGUGCGCAUAUUUUGACUGACCGUGUAUAAUGUACCAUCAUGCCAAAUCAGAUCAAUCUGAAUGCAUCUGUAGUGCCAAAUCCAUAAAACUAAAACUCAGAUAACUUAUGUUUUCUGUUUAUAUCUAAUGUGCAAUUAUCCUCCAUUUAUUUUAGGAUGAUAAACUUUGAAUCAUUCUCAGACUUCGAUUAUUUACUAUGCAGUCUCACACAAUUAAAUAACAAAGAUUAAUCCAUUGUUGUACAGUCUUACACAUCAAGGACAAAUUUAUCUUUUUUCUGUGAUUUUUUUCUUCUUCUGAAUAACAGCUGGAGACAUCAGUACCAGUUGGGUUGUUACGGAUCCACUGUGAGCUCUCUCUCUCACUACCUACUGAAGACAACUUUAAUAUUGGAGAUCAUAAACUAAGCAAGAAAUUGAGAGAGAGGACAUGAGGAAUAUAUGUCGAGAGUCAUUUUGUGUUGUUACUAAAAUGGUGUUGUUAGGGUAUGUGAGCCUUCCACUGAUCUGUUUAUACCCUCUGAGUGUUACCUUCGAGGUUACUGAUGGAUGCUGGACUAGUCAGGUUGUUGUGAGGCUGUAGGGGGGGAAGAACCUUUAAGACAUUUUCCUGUUGGUAAUGCAAAUACCUUUUAUAGAAGAAUUGUUAAAUGUCAUGAAGAUUAGGAACCCAUACCGGUAUUUAUUUUACCUGAUGAUUAAGUAUCCAUAAUGUUAACCUAACUCCAUUUAGCAUUAGGGUGUGUAACCCCCUGUGUAUGGGGUCGAAUAAAAUAUAUCUGAUGUUAGCGAAAUAUAAUAUUAAAAUGAUGCCCCCAUAGUGAAGGAGUUAAUCAGAUGAAAUAAACUGGGUUUCCUAAUCUUUGUGAGAUGUGAAUUGUUGUGUGAAGUGUAACACUGUCAAGAAAUAAUUUAUGAUUAUGAACUUAUAUCAUCCUAAUAUCUCAGAUGUUUAAUCCCAUGUAGCUGUCAUUAUUUCCUUUCCUCGUGGUAAAUGUACCAAUUAUUUUGUGCAUGAACAAUAUUUUUGUUAUAUUCAUAUGAAUAAAAUAGAGGGCUGGAUAAGACCAGUGAUUGAGUCAAGAUCAGAAACAAGACCAAUUACAGUUUUAGCCUUUAUAUAUCACCUGAAGAUUAGGCCUCCCUGAUAAUUUGGGGGUAAUUGAACUUCAGGCUGGUUAAACUGAAGGACAAAACUUCAGGUGAGCACUUGGGGAGGAGGGAGCUAAUCUUCAUAUGAUCCAUAAAGGCUAAAUUUGCCAAUGAUCUCAUGUCUCAACUUCCCUACAUCACUGGACGACACAUUGAUGUUGUCAUUGACGGAUACCUUGCCAUCGAGUGUUCUUGAUACUUUGAGGAACGGUGAAACUUUUGUUGCAGAGAAAUAUUUUAAUGAAAGAAAGUUAUAAAAUUUGUGGUGUGAGUGUUGAUGUUACUGUUAACUGUAAGAUGUUUUGCUAAAUAUUGUUGUUGAGGGAUUUUAAUAAUACAGAAUGGGAUUAAAAUGGGAUUUUAAUAAUAAGGAUAUUCUAAUCUUUAUUAUUAACCCUAUCAGUCAUUAUUUUCCUGAAGUGGAUUAAUUUGUAACUUAGAUUCUCUUAACAGCUGUGUACUGUCAUCCCAUAUAUGUAUACAGUAAUUGAAAGAGAACUUUGCCAGUAAAGUAAGCCAAACCCCGAACUGUUACUUUCAUUGUUGAUAUUUUUUAUUCUUCAGUAUUGUUAAAUUAAAUCUCUAUCAUAAAUACUGUACAUAGAUAAUAUUGUCACUACUGUGGUGAGUGUUGACAGAUCGUGUUUUGUAUAUUUAAAAUCUGGAAUUAUGACCUAACUAUCCCAAGUUUCACGAAUACUUUGUCUUGUGUGGAAAAAUAAUAUAAAUGUUUUCCAAUAUUA